AUGGCGCAGCGUCCUUCGUCCUUCGUCGAGGGAGGUCGUAUCCAAUCAGCGUUGAGAUCCGUGAAGAUUGACGUCUGCGAAACCGCGCCGCAGCCAAUCGACAGCACCAACGGCAAUGAGCCGCCACAAGCUCCCUGUCUGAUGGCCUAUUGGAGACCCGCCUGGCUGGAUGCGAUCAGCUGCCCCUCUUGUGAAAGGCGUGAUUACAUGAUGUCGCCGGUCAGCGUGCUGUGUAACCUGUUCAACGAGACUCCAUCCGACCGCCAGUCAAAGGAAGUUCUAGACUACAACAACCGUUAUUCUGGAGCCCCGCGAAGGGUGACCGACUACCUGUGCGACGCUCCCCUCCUGCUCCAGUUGCUGCCCCGAAGCCUGGGCACCAUCGGAGUGGCCCUGUGCUGCGUGGGCACCGUGGUGUCCCUCUCCCCCCCUCCCCCGGACCCCGUCUCCCCGUCGGCGAACCCCCUGGACGGCCUGCUGGGGGUCCUGGACGACCCGGUGGCGGACAUCCUGCUCCUCAUCUGCGUUAUCAACAUCAACCAGCAGAUGGCGCCAGAGAGCGCAGGACGCCAUCCUGCGAUGGGGAGCUCUCUGUAG